AUGGUUUUAAGACAAUUAUAUUAUUAUAGAUCAACCAAACAUAUCUACCAAGGUAUUUCCAUCACUUCUACGAUAAUUUUGAGCGUUUUCCUUAUAUUGAGUAUAUUCACAUAUGGGUGUUCCAUAUCUAACUUACCCUUGAAGGAUUCAGGUAAAUUUGGUAUUUUUUACUUAGAGCACAUAAAUUAUCUUUGGGUGAUGGCAAAUUUGGUUAAAAGUUUCAAGUACAUUCCGCAAAUGAGUAUCAAUUGGAUGGGGUGCUCUACGAUGGGGCUAUCAUCAAAGUUCGUCUUGAUAUCAGUUUUGGCAGAAUUUAUUGAUUUCGUAGGUAGGUUAUUUGUACCGACCAGUGCUUUGUUUUAUAAAAUUCCGUUCAACUCAACACCUUUUUGGGUGAAAUUGAUACAGUUUAUUACUCUACUGGUCAUACUUUGUCAAGUUCAAUAUCUUUAUGUGGGGCGGAAACCACGACUACCAAAAGGGAAAUUAUAA